UAUAGGCAAAAAUUACAUUUCCACACAAUAAAAUGAGUGUUGGGUUAGUUAACUCGAGCUAGUGGCUAAGACAUGAUGCUACAAUAAGGCUAAAUUGGCCAGGUGCGGUGGCUCACGCCUGUAAUCCCAACACUUUGGGGAGGCCAAGGCAGGUCGAUCAUCUGAGGCCAGGAGUUCCAGACCAGCCUGGCCAAAAUGGGGAAAUCCCGUCUCUACUAAAAAUACAAAAAUUAGCCAGGCAUGGUGGUACACGCCUGUAGUUCCAGCUACUUGGAAGGCUGAGGCAGAAGAAUCGCUUGAACCCAGGAGGCGGAGGUUGCAGUGAGCAGAGAUCAAGAUCGCGCCACUACACUCCAGCCUGGGCGACAGAGUGAGACUCUGUCUCAGAAAAAAAGAAAAAAAAAAAAAAGGCUAAAUUGACCAUUUGAUCACUGAUCCUGUGAAUUAACCUUCAUCUACUGCAGGGUCCAGGCAGCAUCAAAACCCCUGCUGGUCAACCAAAUGUACAGCUGGAUCAGCACAAAUCCACUGUCACCACGUUCUAUUUAUCAACUUUCCCAACAAAUCAUAUAAGAGCUAUCAUCCUGAGAGAGUGUACCAAUUAUAUACCCAAGGCAUCCUAAAAUAAAUGAUAAUCAAAAAAAGAGAAAGUGUAAAAUAUACUUCAGAUGCUAAACUGAAGAAAUAAACUAUUUUAAAAUCUAAGUUCAUUUCUAUUAAAUUAAUAUUAAUCAAUAUUUAUGCUUUAAAUUUUAAAAUGUCACCACACUAAAUUUUGAGUCCCAUUGCUAAAACAGAGAUUGAUAGUAGUAACGUUUUUCUCUUUUCAACUGAAGGAAAUGUAUAAAAUAUUUAAAAAGACAACUGCUGAUCCCUUUAACCUUUCAGCUUUAAUAAUCCUUAUCCUUUUACCUUUAUAUAGCAAUUAUAACUUAAGAGGAACUUGUACCUUCAAAUUACAAUAAAAAAUCAUCUUGCAAAAGAGACAGAAAUCUGUUUAUUUUUUAUUUCUUACUGGUAAUAAUUGCAAUCCACUUUUCCACCCUCAGUUUCUCUUCUGACCUGCAACUCUUUCCCCAUAAUAUGCUGCAUAAGGCAAUGGAAUUACCACUUCAUUCCUUUAGGUUUUGCCUCUACUAGAGAUUGUGAAUUCCCUCAGAACAGCAUUGCUUCCUCCAGUCCUCCUUGGUACCAGCAGUGCACUACAGAGUAUAAAUUAACUACAUGGUAUUACUUUCCUCCAAGAUCAGCAUCUCCUACUAGGUAUGUACCAUCCACCCCUCACACAGUUCUAGGCCAUAAAAGACUUUCAAUUUUAGCGAAAAAUUGAGCAAGUGAACCUUUUUUUUUUUUUUGAGAUGUAGUCUCACUCUUAUCGCCCAGGCCUGAACCUCUGAAUCUUUGCUACCCCACUUGUAUCAGCAAAGUACAUUACAAGUGGACAUUUGUAUUCUUUUGUAUUAAUCUUGCCUACAUUCCUUUCCUAGUAGCCAUAGUCAACUGCCUCUUUCGAAGGAACAGGUUUAUACAGUGGUUCAUCCUCAAAUACAAAUGUUGUCUACAAGAUAAUAGUAUGUCUAAUCAAACAAAAUCUCACUUCCGCGAUCAACAAUGUGGCCAUUACAAAAUUUAUGAACCUAUAAAACUGUAACACCUGUUUUUUAAAAUUUACACUAAGACAUGAAAAUGCUUUCCUAUAUAGCUAAUGUUAAGAAAGGUGCCUCACGCCUAUAAUCCCAGCACUUUGGGAGGCCGAGGUGGGUGGAUGACUUGAAGUCAGGAGUUCGAGACCAGUCUGGCCAACAUGGUGAAACCCCAUCUUUACUAAAAAUACAAAAAUUAGCCGGCUGUGGUGGCGGGCGCCUGUAGUCCCAGCUACUCGGGAAGCUGAAGCACGAGAAUUGCUCAAACCUAGGAGGCCGAGGUUUCAGUGAGCCGAGAUCGCGCCACUGCACUCCAACCUGGACUACAGAACGAGGUUGUGUCUCAAAAAGAAAAGAAAAAAGAAGGAUCCCUGGAGAGAUGGAGGUGGGAGCAAGAAAAAAGGAAAAAAAAAAAAAAGGACUGUGAAGAAACAGUUUAACAUAUUGCUUGCAUUUCCAUCUUUAUCCCAAGAGAAUUUAAACGGGAAAGAAAAAAAAUGGAGGCAGAACCCAUAAUUCAAAAUAACCAUAAAAAAAAAAGCAAAAGAUUUUAGAUUUUGCAAACUGUGCAUUUUAACCUGCUAUCCUUUCAAGUAAUUUUUAAAGAAGGAUUUUUUUAAUCCACAGAAUAUUUUGCUUCAUCCAGGAGCAGCUGGAUCUCAUACCAUCCAGUAUCCCCCGCCUCCACACACACGCCGCUACCACUAUCAGCCCCUGAGCCAAACGAUCCAUCGCGGUAAAGAAAAAAAAAAAAAAAAAAAAUUAAACCAGGAGGUUCAUCUUCCCAAUUCUCUCUAAGAAACAGUCAUAGUCUGUCCUCCUCCCACCCCCAGGAAAAUUGCCUAUUCUAACAGAACUAGGAGGGAGGGGGGAAAUCAGCUCAUCAUCUUUCUCCAUAGGGAAAAAAAUGGCAUUAACUUCCAACAAGAAACUGCUGCUCUUCUACCGUAUCCCCUUUAGAACAUAAAAUAUUAAGAAAGGGUUUCUGAAGCAUCCACAGGAACAGAAAACUGAAGCCUGAAGCACUUCACUCUGCAGCAAGAUAGCCUCUUAAAAAUCAUCCAGAAUUUGGGGGAUGGAGGUAACCCGUCAAUACCCGCGACACCCCUACCCUAAGGUGGGGAGCAGGAUUCCGUCAAACAGAAAAUGCCACUCUCCGCCCCCUCCGCCAUCCGGAACGCUGACCGGCGCGGAGUGCGGGGGCGGCCGAGGGCGGGAGCGGCGAGGAGGCGGGACGCGACACACGCACCACGCCGAGAACUGCUUCACCGCUUUUUAAAAGGUCGCAGAGGGAGCGGCGGCCGCAGCGCCAGGGAAACCCAGGACCGGGAGAGGAGGAGCGGCGGCGACGGCGGCGGUAACUCGGGAGGAGCGACAAACAGCCCCAGCGCGCGACAGGGGAGGGGGCGACGGGGGCGGGGCGCGAGCCGACGGACUGCGAGGACGGUCACCGCGGCGACGGCCGGCCGGGCGCGCGCACGCGCGCUCCCUUCCCUCCGCCCCCGGGAGCCCGAAAAAGAUUCCCACCCUCGCCCGCGCCGCCGGCCCCUCCCCCGCGCCGCCGGCCCCUCCCCCACUUCCGGCGUCUCCUAG